ACUGAAGAUGAAAAACAGUCGUCGUUAUCGUAGAAAAACUUACAUUUCUGAAGUCGUAUAAAGACCAUGCUUUGCUCCAGAGACAGCGUACCGCUAGCUAAAAAAAGACUACCUACCUAACACUCUUCGCCUCUUUCUGCUUUCCACGUUCCGGCUGAUUGAAAUCAUGGUGACUGAAACCUUGCAGGAGAACGCCUCCAGGAAGAAAAUGGCGGGCAUCUUGUCUUUCGCAUGUAUCAUCACUUUGGCGAUAUACGCAGGCUACGGCGAUGGAAUAAAUACCGACCGCAAAAGUUUAGAUGGUAAUAACGCGACUACAACAAAGUCCAGUGAACUACAAAAGGAUUUGGUGGCAAACACAACCAAGGAAGAUGGUUACAAUGGCACAUUGGAUGCAAUCAAGAAAAGUGACGACGACGAACUUAGGCUGGUCAAAGACCUUUUUGAGAAUUACAGCCAGGAAGUCAGACCAGUAAAAAACAAGAACGCUGCUAUCAAAGUUAUCUUUGGUAUUGCCUACACUCAGCUCGUCGAACUGGAUGAAAAGAAUCAAGUCCUAGUGAGUAACGUUUGGAUAAGACAAAAAUGGAACAAUCACUUGUUGCGCUGGAAUGCCUCUCAUUAUGGUGGUAUUAAGUCCAUCAACGUAGAUCCCAAAAUGGUGUGGCUUCCAGAUAUUGUGCUCUAUAACAAUGCAAAUACAGGAAUAACAAGCGGCAAUAUGGACCAGUUUAAAACGAAAGUGAUUCUGUCCAGCGAUGGUACUAACACCUGGUAUGCUCCAACAAUCUUAAGGAGUCGUUGUGCCAUUGACAUCAAAUUCUUUCCAUUUGACGACCAAAAAUGUGAUCUCCACUUCGGUUCAUGGACGUAUGACGGACUCCGUGUUGAUCUAUUGAACGCGAGCAAUUCUGUUGAUCUCGUCUCUUACAUGCCGAGUGGCGAGUUUGAAAUGGUAGAAGCUCCCGUCAAGAGGACUAUCGUCAAGUACAGCUGUUGCCCAGAGCCAUAUCCAAAUGUGAUAUUCACACUACACAUCCGAAGAAAGGUGCUUUUUUACUUUAACAAUCUCAUCGUUCCCUGUUUCCUCAUAACCGCCUUUGCUCUCCUGACCUUCGUUUUACCACCCAACACCGGAGAGAGAGUUACACUCGUGAUCACCACAUUGCUAGCGAUGACUGUCUUUAUGCUGAUGAUUGCCGAGAACACCCCGACCACUUCAGACGUCACGCCUUUGAUCGGCAAAUUCUUCGUCGCCUCCAUGGUGGAGAUAGGACUAGCUCUGAUUGCUACGUGUUUCGUUCUAAACAUCUACGAAGCAACUGGACCGAGCUCUGAAGUGCCUCGCUGGGUGCGUGUCCUUCUAAUCGAUAUCCUGGCACCCAUUCUCCGAGUUACUCGACCCAAGGAGAAACCUCAGCGCAAAUUUCACGGCCCGAGCAAUCAGAAUAUUCACUCGUAUAGCCCGAUCAUGCCCGAACACAAUGGAAACAAUAUAGAAAUGGAUGGAAGUCCAAGGGAUGUACUCGUCAUCGCACCAAAGGUCGGCGAGAAGAUCCUGACCUCACGAGACUUCAUCAAUUCUGUAAACGACAAUAGUAUCAGACACAGAGUGCCUUCCUCGCAGGAAAAGCUCCUGGAAGGCAUCAACGUGCUCACCGAACGAGCCAAAGAACAGGAAAAAGAGGAGGAGAUUAAAGAAGAAUGGGAAUCAGUGGCCAAAGUUAUAGACCGCUUCUUUUUAUUACUUUUUAUUGCAACAGUGGCCAUAUCGACAGCGCUUAUCUUUUUACAGCGGCCAAGUUACGCCACGAUGUAAGUGAACGGGGCCCAAAAGUGUUUGAAAAGCUUUAAGUACCGCCCAGUUUUCCCCCCAGGCUGAGGAGGAUUGGCUGCAUGUCUUGAGCAGCCACAUCGUAAGUGGCCUGUUUUCGAGGAAACCAUACCAUAUUAAUGGGACACUGCUCGAUAAGGUUUGUUGUUUCGAGUAAAGAAUUUAAAUCCUUAAAAAAAUUAAGGAAAGGCUGGAAGAUACAGUUUUUGAAAUAAAUGUUUAAAUAGACUUUGACGAACCAUUUAGAAUAAAGGAGAUUUCUACGAAAUAAUCUAAAAGAGACUUCGAGGUUGUGGUUAGACGGCCGCGAAAGUGAGUUACUUUUGAAUGGAACGCUUUGAUAGACAUUCCAUUUUUUAGAUGGUUCCCCGUGUAACUGAGAGAGGAUAUAAUUAUUUUAAUCGUGAGCUGUUAUUCAAUUUUGUUUUCUUCUUUCUUUUUGCUAAUUUCACGAUAUUGUUUUGCAGUUUACAACAAGUUAUUUAGUAGUGCAAAUUAAAUCUUGUCGCAGCGCGCGAAAGGAGAAGGUUUAAUAUAACAACACAGUUUUUUAAACAUACGAAAACAUAUGAGGCUUUUAAUCUAUUUUAAUUGAAUCAAAAUGUAACUGACGAUUUUCCUACCAAAAUGCUGAACUUUAAGACUGUUUACAGUUUGUUUAAAAUCUUUUGCCUUCCGCUAGCUUUUUGUAUGUAGAUUUUUAGAUUUUCAAUGUCAUAUAGUUGUUUUUCUUGCAGUUUUUCGAUCCUCGUGUAUCCAGAGCGGUUGUUUUCCUUUAAAUGUAAUUCAUUGUAUAAAUAGAAUUUGCAAGAAUUCAGACGGAAAUUAAUUUGAUAGGUAAAAAUAAAAAUUUCUCAAUAGAAGUCUCGGUCACAGCUCUAUAAAUCUGCCAUAAAUACAAAAAGGAUUUGAACCCCCUAAAAAAUCAACUACAAAGAUCACAGCAAUGUGCACGUAAAAUCGUUUUGCCUUACAGGAAAUUAAAAUUUUUAUAUCACUUGGACGCCACGCUCUACGAUUGGACGAAAAUCUUCCUUUUACCACAUUUAGGAUGCUGUGAGAACAUCCGAAACGUUAAUUAGCCGUGAGAGGGAGGGAAAUGAUCUAUUAACUUUUGUCCUGUUAAACUUUCCUUGCAACAUCUCGAAUGGCUUCUUACGCCGUUUCACCGAUAGAAAAUAAGGUCUGCUGCAUAAGACAAAUUUUAAUCAUGCGCGUGUCGUAGGUCAGUUAUCAAGCUUGAGCUCAAGUGGCCAAGUUCAAUUCAGUUUACAGAAUGGCAAAAUUGCUUAUAAACGUAUUUCCUAAAGGAAGGCGGCUGGUCCGUUUUCGAGUGAGUACUGAGCUGUUGCUACUCAGGGCUAACGAGCGGGAAAGGAGAUCUCUUUGUGUAGCAUUAUUGAUUUAAACUUACUCGGAUAUAGAUCAGAGUUUGAAAAGCUAUGCAUGCAAUAACAAGUCCUCUUUCGGUUCUACACGACAUUCUCUUAAGAAACUAUCACUAUUAAUUGCUUCAGUUGUUUUUUUCCACAUUUUUGAAUCUUGAUUUCGACUCUGCAAUGUUUUAAAUUUAAUUGUUUAUAGUGGUUUACUUUAAUGACUUAUUCUUAAAUUCAGUAGAAUUAUUGAGUCUUUUAGUAAGCAAAAAGGAAACUACACGUAUCUUUGCAUCGAGUAGAUCAAAAACUUACACCAGUUAUAGGAAGUUUAGCAAGUUAGUCGGCUAACAGGUGAAGACUGUUGGACAUGACUUUUUACCAAUAUUCAUUUUACAGUGCAUUUACUGAAACUGGAGCCACCUAGGCAAUGAAAAAAAAUCAGAAUGCAGAACUGAAAUAAAAAGUUCCAAUAUUUUCGGAUGCAGCCAAUCAAAUAUAAAGAACUAAACAGUGAAAUUACAAUUUGAUUGUUCCCCGGUAAUGGUCACUCUACUUCAAUGACGGUUAAAUGUCUAACUCUGACCGUUGUUUCUGAGAUACAUGCUUGGGGCUUUAAGAGUACGAAUUGGAAGGAUUGAAUGCUGCCCUAAGUUACUUCUUGCUUGUUAGUUGAUUUCUAGAGUAAAUUAGCCAAAAUUCGGGUAGAAGAGUGCUUUAAUGCGUAAAGUCAGCAAAGUACAUGAACGCUUUGAUUCUGUAGGAUGUUUUGUUUGGAUGGCCCGGUUUCAUGAAAGGCACGAUGAGCAAUUUUUUACUGCUUCCUCAAGAAAAGUUAUAUUCUAGUAUUUAGGGAGAACGGUAAACUUACACACUGUUAGGACUAUUUAAUUUAAAGUAAUUCUUGUAGUGAUAGUCACAUUAUUUGUUUGCUGUUAGUCUUCAUUUCUUUCCCAAACAGUCAUAGACAUGUGCGUGGUAUGAAGUAGCUUAGAGGAGCUUGGUCAAAAAGAUUCAAUGAAACAUUUCCCAUUUUAGGGGUUACAGUUUGCUUUCCAAUGUUCUUUCUCCCUUGGGUAACAGUAUCUCAAUGAAAAAUUUCUCCUUCUCUCUACACGAGAUAACAGUUAGCUUCGUUUGCAAUCCUUCCCUUUACCUAGAUAAAAGUUUCCUCCCAAAUUCCUGAGUUCUAACACUUUCCUCUCCCUGGAGAAAAGUUUUUUCAAUAUUUUCAUUCUCUUUGAGUCCCUUACCAAUCAAUCGUUCUCCCUCCUACAAAGAUAAACGCGGUUAAAUUCUUCAUUUUCUCUGUAGUGCCGGUUUCCUCAGGCAAUCCUUCCUUGUGACGGUCAUUUUUACCGGAUAUCUCCCGUUUCGGUUCGUUUUUUAUUUUCUAGGAGAACCUUUUCUUUUUUCUUUUCUUUACUGCAUCCUUUCUCCCUAAACGCAAAAAAUAGAUACUGUAAUGUGUUACGAAAACAAUUAACUCCUUAACUCUCUAGAGAUACUUCAUGCCAUCACAAGCAUUGCCUAUCUAGUAACAAAGUUUUUGGGUAAUUCGUUAGAGUAUACGCUGCAGAGCACUUACAGCUGUUCGAACAACCUGCCUAAUUAAACUCAUGUGACCAAGUUUUCCAAGUGUUUUUGUUUUCUUCUUCCUUUAAUCGAAAAGCUCAGCGAGAGCAUAGCUUACGAAUUGAACUGAAACAAAAGUAAAUACAGACUGAGAAAAAACUUAUAAUCAUACGUUCACGGAGAUUGUAAUACAUUGUUACAAUAACGAAUUAUGCGUAAAGAUGACACUUGAGAAUUGGACGCACCUGCGAUGUUUACCCAGUUCACACUAAAGAAAGGAAAAAUGGCUGAAA